AUGGAGAAGCAUUCAGCGAUCAACCGUGGAUGUAUUCGGCACUAUGAGGGACAAAUUCGUGAAAUAUUGGCGAAGCAUGAACCCCAGACGUUGCUCGACCUGCAUUAUACGCUGUAUGAACGUGAUGUGGCGCAUGGGCAGUGGAGUCUUUCACUGCGCGAAUGGAAGCGUGUGCUACUUCGGCGUAUUGGGGUUGUUGAAGACACACCAGAUGUAUUCUCGUCCCCACUCUGUGUAAAGAAUUGCAAGGAUGACGUCAGUGAUCAGGAAGCAGUGAAAGCGAAGCGACAUUCCAAGAGACGCAAUGGUGACGUGAAACUUUACGAAACGAUGGAGAAACUUCGGCACCCCUCGCGCGUGCAUCGUACACUUUUUAUGGACAGCGAUGAGUCCACCCCUUUAUAG